UGCCCAUCAUCCCUCAUACUGCUGCUAAUCUAGUCCAGUUGCCAGUUUUGCUGGACAGUUUUUCCUAGUUUUAACCUCGACGGGUCAAAGAAAAGUCCCCUACUGUAUGCCGUGCUCGGCGUCUACUGCGCAGCUAAAUAACGACCCUGGACCCUCCACAAUUACACUUGCACACUCGCAUUGCACCGUUUAUCCAGGCCCAUCAUCGCCAGGCCCCCUUCCUUUCCACCCUCCCCCCCCUCCCCCCCCCCAGUUCAGAACCACACGGACCAACGAGCCACUACCGUUACCCUUCAGCCUCUCAUUAGCUUUCCUUUUCAUAAGCUCUUCUCUAGUCUAGUCUAGAUAUCCUUUCCACCCCCGUUUCUGGGCCCCUCCCUCCGGACUAUCUUCUUACGCGCAUCCUUUCUUCUCUCCCGCACCCAAGCUGAACUUUGUUUUAUGUCUCUCCU